GCGAGUGAACCUUUGGACUCUUGCAUGAUCCAAAAGCUCUCCUCUGCUUUCUCUUCUCUCUUCUCUCUCUGCGCGUCUUCUAUGGCCUUUUAUCUUCUUCUGUACUUCCCUUGAUUGCUUUUGCUUGAUUCUUCCGAACCAAACCAAACCCAACUACAAGACGAACCAAGAUUCUUACUUUCUAAGCGUCCGAGUCCCCGGAGAAUAAUCCCUUCUCUUCAACUCGGAGAAUUUCUGCCGGAUUUUUCGGACGACGGGCCUCCGAGUUCAGGGUGGUCUCGGCCGUAGAUCUUGAUUCUCGCGGAGAGAUUCAGAGGCUUUUCUCAGAGUCGGUGGAUUGUGUUUUGUUUUUGGUUUUGUUUUUUUCAAUAACAGAGCAGAGUGGUUUUCGGAGCGCUUUUCUAGCUUGGAAGAAAAGUUUGGUGGCCUUUGGACUGGUUCAGUUUCAUGGAAGUACGAAACUGAGGGUUUUGAGAUUCUGAUAGUUUCUUUGCCGGUUAAGGAAGUAUGGAUAUGAAGUCCAAGAGUCGAACAAGUCUCAAGAUUUUGGAGUGAAAACGCGGCAGGAAAUUUAACUCAUGUAUGCUGUAUAAGCAUUUAGUGAGAGCAAGAAGAGAAGGGAAUUUGCAAAUUUUGAUUACUUUAAAAAAAAAAAAAGAUUUCGAGAUGAUUACGUUUAUGGAUGCGAAAGAGAAAUUGAAGGAAGGGGAGAAGUGCUUGGAUCCUCAGCUAUGGCAUGCCUGUGCUGGAGGGAUGGUUCAAAUGCCAUUGGUGAAUGCCAAGGUGUUCUACUUCCCUCAGGGCCACGCCGAACACGCUUGCGGCCCUGUCGAUUUCAGGAACUACCCGAGGGUUCCGCCUUACAUACUCUGCAGGGUCUCGGCUAUCAAGUUCAUGGCUGAUCCUGAAACUGAUGAGGUUUAUGCAAAGAUUAGACUGGUUCCUUUGAGCUCUAGUGAGGCUGGUUAUGAGGAUAAUGGAAUUGGGGGAAUUAAUGGGGCUGAUUCGCAAGAUAAGCCGGCCUCAUUUGCAAAGACGCUGACUCAGUCGGAUGCUAACAAUGGUGGAGGGUUUUCUGUGCCAAGGUACUGUGCUGAAACUAUUUUUCCUAGAUUGGACUACUCGGCUGAUCCUCCUGUGCAGACAAUUCUUGCUAAGGAUGUUCAUGGCGAGACUUGGAAGUUUAGGCACAUUUAUAGGGGGACGCCAAGGCGGCAUCUAUUGACCACAGGGUGGAGUACUUUUGUGAACCACAAGAAGCUUGUUGCUGGGGACUCAAUUGUGUUUUUGAGGGCGGAGAACGGUGAUCUUUGUGUUGGAAUUCGGCGAGCCAAGAGGGGAAUUGGGGGUGGACCAGAGUCAUCUUCUGGGUGGAAUCCGGCAGGUGGGAAUUGUGCCAUGCCAUAUGGAGGGUUCUCUUCCUAUUUGAGGGAGGAUGAGGGGAAAGUGAUGAGAAACGGCAACGGUAAUGCCUCGAAUUCGAAUGGGAGUCUAAUGGGGAAGGGGAAAGUUGGUCCCGAAUCAGUUUUGGAAGCUGCAACACUUGCUUCAAAUGGACAGCCUUUUGAGGUUGUUUACUACCCUCGAGCAAGUACUCCAGAGUUUUGUGUGAAAGCCUCGUUGGUGAAGGCAGCAUUGCAGAUCCGUUGGUGUCCGGGAAUGAGAUUUAAGAUGGCCUUUGAAACCGAAGAUUCUUCCAGGAUAAGUUGGUUCAUGGGAACCAUAUCCUCUGUUCAGGUAUCUGACCCUAUGCGCUGGCCUGAAUCACCUUGGCGGCUUCUCCAGGUUAGCUGGGAUGAACCUGAUUUACUUCAGAAUGUUAAACGCGUUAGCCCGUGGUUGGUAGAAUUGGUGUCAAACAUGCCCGCCAUCCAUCUGACACCCUUCUCACCACCAAGGAAGAAGAUGAGACUGCCUCAACACCCCGAUUUCCCAUUUGAGGGACAACUUCCAAUGCCAACAUUUUCCGGCAAUCACCACCUCCUUGGAACCAGCAGCCCCUUCGGUUGUCUGCCCGACAAAACUCCUGCUGGCAUGCAGGGAGCCAGGCAUGCUCAUUACGGUCUAUCAUUAUCAGAUAUCCACCUCAAUAAACUGCAAUCAGGUCUAUUUCCGGCUGGUUUCCCGCCACUUGAUCAUGUUGCUACGCCCACCAAAUUCUCCAAUAACACAAUGAUUCAAAGGCCUACCAUGAGCGAGAAUGUAUCUUGCUUGCUAACUAUGUCACAUUCUCCACAGUCUACAAAGAAAUCCGAAGAUGUAAAGCCACCGCAGCUCAUGCUCUUUGGUAAACCAAUACUUACUGAGCAGCAAAUCUCUUUGAGCUCCUCUGGCGAUACUGUCUCACCAGUAGUUACUGGAAAUAGUUCGUCAGAUGGUAGUGGAGAUAAAAUGGCAAACCAUUCUGAAAAUUCUGGAUCUGCACUUCACCAACAAAGCGUACAGGAGAGAUCAUCUGGUGAAGGUUUCCAUUGGUACAAGGACACUCGGCAUGAAGCUGAAGCAAAUUUGGAAACUGGUCACUGUAAAGUCUUUAUGGAGUCUGAAGAUGUAGGCCGCACUCUUGACUUUUCACAGUUCAAGUCUUAUGAUGAAUUGUAUACAAAACUGGCAGACAUGUUUGGCAUAGAAAAUUCCGAGACACUGAACCAUGUGCUCUAUCGAGAUGCUACUGGUGCAGUCAAACACAUUGGAGAUGAACCAUUCAGUGACUUUGUGAAAACGGCAAGGAGAUUGACGAUUCUAAUGGAUUCAGGCAGCAACAAUGUAGGAAUGUAAAGAAAGAAUAAAGACCCUCUUGAUUCAAAUUGUACAGCUGGUUGGUAAAUCCUUUGUUUCCGUGUUGACAUUUUACUCUUGCUGAAGUUGCGGGAGAAGCCGCACAUACACUGAUCUGAUUUAUGAGCUUCCAAUCCAAAUCAUUCCGGUUUCUUGGUCCAUCUUCCUUUCUCGAAGAAGGAACACUUAGCUUCCAAGAAUCAAAACUCUUAACUACAGUAUCAUCAUUCCCCCAGCAAUUUUGUUGCUCUUGUUUUGAUUUCGAGGUUUUCUACAUUUCUUGGUAUUUCGUUCGACAAUGUUAUAGUCUUCUAAGAAGGCAGUUUAAGUCGAGUGAAGAUGUACAUUAGACAUUUCAGCUGAGUUUGAGUAGAAGGAAAAUUUUCCUCUCUGGCUCUCUUGUCUUUUCGUUUCCAUAUAUACUCUGUACUUGAAAUGAAGUAAACGCAUUUGCUUUUUGGCCUUU